AAAUGGAAGAAGAGAUAUUUUGUUCUAUGUAAACCAUCUGGUAGUUUACCAGGCCAGUACGAACUGAACUAUUUCAGUGAUGAACAAUGCACCAGGAAAAAAGGAACAAUAGAUCUAGAGGAAUGUGAACAAAUAAUAGAAUCUCUGGACUCUGAUCAGUUCCCCUAUUUACUAGCUAUAAAAACUGUUUGUCGAGGUAAAGAAAGGACCUAUUUCCUAGCCACAGCAACAGAAGAAGACAUGGCAAAGUGGGUCAGUAAUCUUUGUAGUGUCUGUGGAUUAAAACAAGAAGAAAGU